UCCUGGGCACGAGGAAGUCUAAAAAGCAAUUAACCCUAAGGAAAUCUUCAGAGUCUGGCACGUGCGACGGCACGAGUCGAGCCAACCUUUGGCGCCAUAAUCUGGCUUUCGCUCUGGUGAGGAGGAAGAGCAGAUUCUUUCGAGAAUGGAGAACUGGUGGCAAGGAAGUAGCGAAACUCGCCUUCUCGUCGCACCCGAUUCUGCUGCGACGGAGAAAGGGGUUGGGCAUUUCUUAUCACUUCGGCAUCCCAAAUCAGGAAAAGCGACGUGCUACCUCGUUGUCGAUGAGAAGCUUUUUGAACUUCAAUGGUUUAAAUUACCUUAUGGGUCUUGGUUCCUGGGAGAUUACGUCCAUAAAGAUGGUUGCCACUAUACUGCCACACCAGUUGAUCCAGUGUUCAUCAUGUUGCCCAUUUUCGAGGAAGCCAGGAUGAAGAAAGGAGAUGAACCUGGGAAGUUUAGGCAAUUGGAUGAGAUUUUGUUUAUAAAUGGUUACCCUGGAUAUCAGCAUUUAUUGUCCAUUGCGGAGAAGUCUAUGCAAGUGGUUUGCGAAGUUAAAGAAAUUGGAUCAACGAGGUUUUUUAGGCUUGACGACACUAAGGUUUUUGCUUGGUUGUCAUACAAGGUGCACCAACUGAAGCAGACUAUGGGUACUCUGGACAAAAACUAUGCUGCCCGAGCUGAGAAAGAGUUGUUAGCUGAUGCUGUCUCAAUAAUGGGGGAGUACUUGCUGGAUGAACCUUGGUUGAAGAAUCUCUGUGAUAGUCUGAAAUUGAAUUUAGAGGAUGUUGGAGAGGCAGCUCAUAAACAAAAUUAUCAAGAUGUAGCAGACACAGAUGACUUUGGAUCUCCUGUGGCCUUACAGGGAAAGAGUGGGGCGGAUAAGAAGGCUUCAAAGGUUGGAAGGCAAGUUAAAAAAGCAAAAGUAGAGACGGAUUCUCAGAAUAUCAAAGAAAUGUUCACCAGGGCUUCCAGAAGAGCCAGAUAAAUCUUGUCCAAAGUGUUGUAGGUGAAGAAACUUCCCGUAACAAGAUAGAUAUAGCCAUUCCUUCAUCGCCUUUUUCCAGUUGACGGCUGAUUAUUUCUUAGCAUUGGAGCCAGAUGGUUCACCCAUUCGGCAAUCAUUCAGGCAUGGUUGGUUUAUCUGUUGUAACUUUAGCCACACUUUCUGCUAAGUGUGGAUUUUAGGAGCACCAGAUAAUAUUUUCUGGCUGUCCAUCGAGCCAUUGUGCUGGAUCUGCAAGAAGGCGUGAUGGGGCAUUCCUAAAACUGUGUAAACAGCAACCGAUUGUUGAGUCGUACUAGCCCCGAAACUUGUAAUGUAUGGUUCAGGGAGGUGUUUCUACAAAUUUUGCUUGUAAGCAUUGCCCUUUUGGUCAAGGCUUCUCUGAUUGCUAAAUUUUGGUAACAUGUAAGAGCUUUCUGUACUCUUUGACUUAUGGGUAAAUCUUAACCUGUCGUGCCCAUUGAAGUGUUGUGGAAUUGAGCGCCAUGUAGAUUUUAAUGUAUUGAGUUUGCACAAA